AUGUUAAACGGCCUAAAUGGCGGAGGGGUUUGCUUUUACCUACGUAGUAAUCGUUCAUUACCGAGUAUGUGAGGAUCUUAAUAUAUAAUGACAGGCUGGAAUGUUUAACUGUUGAAAUUUCUAAUCCAUACUCUCGGCCAUUCCUUGUUAGUACGUGGUAUAGACCUCCCAAUUCCCCGCCUGACGUGCUUAUCGAUUUUGGAGUUCUACAUCUCGUAGGCGAUAUGAACAUAAACCAACUAACCAGAUCCUGCUGACUGCAAUUCUCGAUCUAUCGCUUAAAACAACUAAUCACGUAGCCAACGAGAGUAACAGCUAAAUCUCAGUCUCUUAUUGACUUAUGUUUAACUAAUAUCCCUGAUAUUUAAUUCGCAACUGACGUAUUUUUUCAAACCCUGGCGGUGUUAAAAUUAUCACCACACGAAGUCUUAAGUCUAAAACAGCGGAGUUUCUUAAAGACGUUUGUCAAAGACCAUGGAACGACAUUAGGCAAUUCUCAGAUCCUAACGACCUGUGGGAAUUCUGGAAAAAAUCAGUUAUUGGCCUGUAUAGAUAAACACGCCCCUUAA